AUGCACCUCCUAUCCAUCCUAGUCCUCUUAUCCAGAACGACCCUCACCCACAGUCAACUUUACGCCGCCAGAGCCCUGAUCACUUCCAGCCUAGAAAUCAACAACCCAGUACCCUGUCAGAUCAUCGAAACCUGCGAUCUAGGCUUCACCAAAUGUCCCAAUUUCCCAGGAUACUGUGAAUCCGGUGCACUCUGCGCCAUCGCAGUAGAGCCUGCGAUGUCUCCUGCUUGGGACGUCCUCGCUGUGAUCCGCGUGAAGAAUGCUCAGAGGUUGCUACGACGAGUGAGCCGGUAUCACCGAUGCCUACCAUCAGUGAUAAAUAUGAAGGUCCCCUGUGUAUACUGCUACUGCCACUCAUUUGGCUCGCCGCCUCCAGAAGCGGAUGGGAGAGGAAUCACAGGGACUCGAGGUCCGAUGGCCGGCGAUGCGUCGGCCUAUACAGAUGCAGGAACUGUGCUCUGGUGGGAUAGGACUUUGGGGGCUGUUGUUUUUGGAGGGUUGGUCUGGGUGAUAAUGGGGUUUUGA